CAGUAAUGGAAGUAAAGUGGAGAGUGAAGUUUGAACUCUGGUCCAAGGGAGAGCAAAACGUAUGUAGCCUGAUAAAACAGAAACAUUAACAAGGGAAAUUUUAAAAACUUGGAAGGACACGGUAACCAAAUUUGUCUUCGGUGGAAAUUCAGACCAAUCGAAAAUGCUAAGGACGAGGAAAAGAAGUAGGUGUCAGAAUGGUCAUCAAAUCAGAAUUCUGAAGGAAUCAUCUCCUUGAAGUAGACUGUGAGCCAAGACUGCCGUCUGGACAAGAGAAGAUGUAGGGAAAUGCUUGGAAGUCAGCUCUUCAUGGCCUCUUGAGAAGCCCGAACUCAGGUUGAGCUGGAGUGUGGACUGCCUGUUUGCUGUUUCACGGAGAAGAGAAAAUAAAGAGGGAUUAAACUCCGUGACCAUUGGUGAACUGCAGUCAACAAGAGGAUUGGAUGGUCUUGGAAGUUUCAUUUCAAAGACUCAUAAGUAAAGGGCAAAGGGAAUCCCGAAACUUCUCGGACUAGUAGCCCGUCUGUCGGGCUGCCAGAGUACCGACAGCGACAAUACCUACGUGCUGCCUUCCCAGCAGAGAAUCCCAAGAAACUUAACAAUCAUUUAUCUUUCAGCUUUGGGAUGGAAAUUUGCCGGCCCACGUCACUUGAACCGUUUCCCCAGUGAGGACGUCGAGACAACGGGGAGUUAGGAUUUGUGCUAUGUCAGGAUAAAUCAGUGGAGCAGAAAACCCAGGCUACUUGCCAUACGGUCUCUUCGGAGGAUACCCCAGCUGGCUGACAGAACAAGAAGUUUGACCAAACAUGGAUUGCUGCAAGAGAGUCCAGAGGAGCAACUGGAUUUUUCCCACCACCAUCCUCUGUUUAUUUGGAUUUUUCUCCAUGAUGAGACCAUCCGAGCCAUUUCUCACUCCUUAUUUAACUGGGCCAGAUAAAAAUCUGACCCUCAGUGAGCUUACCAAUCAGGUUUUCCCCGUAUGGACAUACUCGUAUCUGCUGCUGCUGCUUCCCGUGUUCGUACUCACUGAUUACGUGCGCUAUAAACCCAUCAUCGUUUUGCAAGGAAUCAGCUUCCUAAUCACCUGGCUGCUGCUGCUAUUGGCCCAAGGAGUCCUGGCCAUGCAAGUAGUGGAGUUUUUCUACGGAAUGGUCACGGCCACGGAAGUGGCCUACUACUCCUACAUUUACAGCGUGGUCAGCUCGGACCAUUAUCAGAAAGUGACGAGUUACUGUAGGACCGUCACUUUGGUUGCCUACACCACGGGUUCGGUGCUAGGACAGCUGUUAGUCUCCUUAGCGGGCGUCUCUUAUUUUUACCUCAACGCUAUAAGCCUGGCCUCUGUAUCUGCGGCAUUCAUUCUUUCGUUGUUUCUACCGAUGCCCAGUAAAAGCAUGUUCUUUCAUAGAAAAUCCACCCCAGAGAUCCCCCAGGAGCUGCCGACAGUCAGCGAUGUAGUAUCACACGGCUCCGAUUCUGGCGGUCAGCCUCCACGCCAACGGGAUAAAGUCACCGCUGGGUCAUCUGCCCAGUCCGGGAGUUGGCGAGAAGACUCCGAGGACGGCCCUCGGCCACGGAGCCCGGUGUUGAGGGUGUUUCUGCAGUGGUGCCGAGAUAUAAAGGAAUGCUACUGCACGAAGCAUCUUUUUUUCUGGUCGUUGUGGUGGGCAGCGGCCACUGCGGGCUAUAAUCAAGUGGUGAAUUACGUGCAACUUCUGUGGGAUCACAAGGCGCCGUCUCAAAACGCCGCAGUGUAUAACGGAGCAGUCGAAGCCAUUGCAACAUUUUGCGGUGCUUUGGCAGCCUUUGCAGUAGGAUAUGUGCAUGUCAACUGGGAUCUUUUGGGAGAGCUGGCCUUGGGAAUCUUCUCCGCAAUAAACGCCGGUGCCCUAUUUCUCAUGCACUUCACUAAAAACAUCUGGGAAUGCUAUGCUGGGUACUUGAUUUUCAAGUCAGGUUAUACCCUUCUGAUAACAAUAGCAGUGUUUCAGAUCGCGGUCAAUCUAAGCAUGGAACGCUAUGCACUAGUGUUUGGAGUCAACACCUUUGCUGCCUUGGUGAUCCAGACUAUUAUAACGGUGAUUAUAGUUGACCCCAAAGGCCUGGGCCUUGAUAUUAACCUUCAGUUUCUAGUUUAUGGCAGUUACUUUGCAGUCGUAGCCGGAAUUUUCUUAGGGAGAAGUAUUUACAUCAUCAUUUCGGCCAAAUGUGGAAAAGAAAGACUCAACCCUCUCAUAGGCCACAACUCACACGACCAAAUAUCAGGAGAACCGACUGGAAACAACAGUACAAGCUAGCUUCACCACCUAAUUAACACUAGCCUCCCAAUAUCUACCGGGCAGCUCUCAAAAGUUCGUCGGACUGAAAACGUAUGGUGCUCCACUCAACCGUAUUUCUAAAUCUUCUCGGAUAAAAAGGCUUGUAUGAUACCUUCACCAAAAUGCAGACACUCUAGCAUGGCUGCUCUAAGAAUCAAAAGGUGAACUUGGUUGCCUUCGGAAAACAGGGGAUUCGUCACUUCAGACUGUUGUCUGGCCUUGCAAGAAUAAUAAAAAUUCCACCGGAGUUCAGUCAGACCCUGAGAGAUUAUCGCUGGCUUAGGACGGUGGUCCACCCAACCCGGGAUUCCGCCUCUGACCGCGGUAACGGAGGAAUCACGUGCAGCGUCCUCUCUUAGACCUCCAUCCUCAUGCUUCGGGAAGGUCCAUCUGACAUCCCUACCUUUCCCUCUAGGAAUCCUGCCUGGACCAUUCAUCCGUUAAACUACACAACCUGGCCCACACGUGGCUUGGGCUGCCGAGAAGCAAAGGACCAAUACCGGGUAUCCAUCGUUCACCCGCGCUCCCCCAGAUGGAUGGGAUUCCAUCAUUGGUGGAAAUUUCUUUGAAGGUCAAGGAGUGCGGUGUAUGUUAAUAUCACCCUCCAAAAGUAUUCAUUUAAGCAUUCACCGUGGACGAUUUCUUGAAACGUCUCCUCUAAGAAACUUCACUUUUUAAUGGCAUAACUUGGAGCUACGUAGUAUCGUAUGAUGAAUGGUAAAAAGUCAAUAUUUGGAAGAGUGAAUUAUCUUUUAAUAAAAGGAGAAAAUAUUAACUGAU